AGAACAUUCAAAAUGUUGUCCAGAGCAGGAAAACAUCGUCAGUUACCGAGCCUCCGGGCAUCACAAGCCGAAGCUAGUCCGAUUUGUAGUGAGUUGGAGGACAAACACAAGAAUGUUCAGGAGCCAGAUGGAAUUUCAAAUCACUUCCUACAGGAGAAGAAGUUUGCGGGAUCAGAAUCGAAGGAGUAUAAAAGGAAAGAUGUCGUACUGUAUCGAGAAAAACUGCUAAUUUCCGAAAAGCUCAUCUGUUUGGAUGGCCAGGUUCUCACGGUAAGCUGCGCAGUUGCUGCAAUGCUCGUCAGUCUAUAUGUCGAGAGACACCAGCACAAACUCACCGACAAACAGAUUUCAAAGCUGAGAAAGUACAUGAUGCUUAAGAAUAUCGAGUAUCGCCCAUUCUACCUGAACAUCAAGGAUAUGAGAUGGAUUUAUGACAACGUGGAUUUCCUCAUGAACAUUGACAAGGAUACUUUAAGACCUUUAGACAAUAGACACCAACUUCCGAAUAUAACAGAGCUCGCGGAGCUGCACCAGCUGGAUGUCUAUCUACGAACUGUGACAUCUACACUUAUCAAUCCUGAUGCACAUCGGAGAAUCUUCGUGGAAGAUUUGCUCGACAUAAUUCCGAUUUUGCUCAAACAACAGGGAAAUCCAAUUAACGAAGCGGGAAAGCAAAAAAUCCGAAAAUAUCGUGUAGAGCUGCAAGGUGAUAUAGCCGGACACUCGACAGUUGAUCUGAAGAAACUAGACGAGAUUCUGGACGAUUUUGACGUAGAUAAAACAAAACUUACGCUAGCACCGGAAGUGACCAAUCUCGUCUCAAGGGAACAAAUGAUGAUGCAUCCACGAGACCAAUAUUUGCACGUUUUAUCUCCCUAUUGCUACAGUGCAAUAGAAGUCUCUCAUGCAGUUUUCUCAAUUUUCGCGUAUAUUGUUUGUGAUGUGAAUUGGAGUCGGGAAUAUUGUAGCAAGCAUACAACGUGCAAGCAGGACUUUAAGACAAUGAUUAUCGCAGUGAUGAGGGAAUAUUUAUCGAUGGGAGAGGAAACAUACGUGGAUCUUCAUGCUCUGUCCGACAAGAUCAAUCACCUCAAAACCCACUGCAACUACCAAAUCAGACGUGACAGAGCUUUCCCACCGAUGGUGAACCUAUUCGAGAUUGAGCCAAGAGUUCCUGUUAAAAUGUCAUAUUUCCUCGCUGAAUGUAAAACUUACGGGAUCCAUCAAUGCCUUCACCCAGUCUCGGCGACCGUGAAGCAGAUUGAUCAGGCCUUCCUUCCGGCUUGGAAAGCCAGGGUCUUGUUCAUGUUGGGAUGGAUGGACAACUUUUUCGACGAGGAUAUGGAUGACUUGAAGAGGUGUAUUAGAAAGGCUAUCAACUUCAAAGUUCCGUUGAAGACUUGGGAGAGUGAAGAGGAUUUGAUGGUAGUGAUCCUCGAGCAGAACCAAGCAAAGCUCAAACUGGCCAGAGAGUGCUUGACGACUAUUUCGAAAUGUGAACACGCGGACCCUCAUGAUUGGCUGCAUUGCAAUCGUAAACGGAGAGAACGCCACUUUAUCGUUUGUGAAUACAAAAACCCCGGGAUCUGGCACAGCUCGGAAAUUCUGAAAAUUUCUUUGAAAAUUCUCAGACAAUGUAUGGGCCACGCGACAUUAGACCUUAAGGAGGUGAAUGUAAAAAGUGAGAAUAAAAUUGGGUCAGACGCCUCACCAGAUGUACCACUUGACAAGAAGAAGCUGAAACGGCAGAAGCAGAAGCUGAGAAAGGCGGCGGAGCCGCCAGAGCCAACUCCACCGCCACCACCACCCGUCAUACCCGUACCAGAAGCAAAGCCCUGCGAGAAAUGCUUCAGAACCAGUGAACGAUGCAACAAGGCAAAUGCCGAAUUAAAGACCAGUUUGAAUAAAAUCAAAAUACUCGAGAAAAAGCUUUCGGCUGAAAAAAGAGCUUUCAAGGAAAACCAGGAAACUUGGGAAAAGAAGUUGGAAGAACUUCAAACUGAAUUGCAAGCUAAAGAAAGGACCAUUCAAGAGUUCCAAGAUAAAGUGGCUCCAAAAUGUGCAGAAUCUGUAUCGGAUGGGUUCUUGAGAGACGGAGAAGAACUCAUUGCGACCUUUGAUGUGACGUCAUCAAAUGCCACUGAAGAAUUUGAAUCCGAAUGUAUCAUUUGUAGAGAAGAUAUUGAUUUGGAAAAUGGAACAGUUCAAUGCCCGCGGUGCACUGAAAUUUAUCAUUCCCAUUGUGCAACUCAAUGGCUAUCGCAAAAACCUACUUGUCCAAAAUGCAUUUUUCACAUUGGUCACAUAAACGAGUUCCCAUCACUUGUGUAAUGAAUUUUCAAAUCUGGGAAUUAUCAAUAAAGAUUUUUAUUUGA